AUGUCUUUUAAGUCGAAAGACUGGUCCGUUGUUGAGAAGAGGGUCAUAUCUUGUCGCCCUGUGCAGCCUGUUACCCUCGCAGAACUUCGUGCUGCCUUACAAGAGGAGUGGAACAGAAUUCCGCAAUUACAGAUCAACCGGCUAAUUCACAGCAUGCCCAGGCAGUGUCAGGCUGAACAAGCAGUUGUUAAGGCACAGCUUUCAUCCCAGGAAGACCAUAUCAAGGGGACUCAACCAACUGGAACAUUUGAUGUCAAGAUCAGUAAUGUUGUUUGGGGUUCAAUCGAUUUGAUUUUUACUUUCCCAUAUGGCAUUCAAAAGACGCACCAUCCGUCCCCGGGAAACCUGUAUAAAGGCGGCACGUUCAAAGGACGCUUGAGUCGCUACUCUGAUGGCGAGCUGCUAUGUAAAAUGUUAAAGGCGGCGUUCAGGAGAGGGUUUUUGUUCACCUUUGGGAAGGAAGGAAAAGUUGUCCUGGAUGGCGUCUCAUUGUAUGAUGGUUUAGUGUAUGCUGACGGAGGAGGUGGUACAUUAGACUACAAUGAAUAUCGACAUACAUUGAAAGCGGAACUGUCAGCCAAGGGUAUCACAAAGGCGGACAUAGAUCAGACGGAGGAACUGUUCGAGACAUUGACUGUCGAUGGUCGGUAACUUGCAUAACUGCUGUGUUG